CCCCAGCACCGAGAGGAACUCGGGCAGAAGGCGGGAUGGAGGCGGCGGCUGGGGCGCUCGUGUCGUGGUGUGUGGGGCAGCUGCGUGGCGGCUUCGGGCUGGACGUCGGCGAGGAGCUUGUCCAGUGAGCUGAGGGGAGAGGAGGGGAGGGGAGGGGGAAAGAGUCGAUUCGCCGAGCCGGUUACCCCGCGCGGUGGUUGUGGAGAAAAAGUGCUGCCGGCGUUGUGGCAGGGAGAGGCGAGUCGCCCCCUUCUCGCCUGGGAGGCGAGCGACGCUAGGCCCGGUGGGGCUCCUGUGCCUUUAGCACAGGCAUAGGCAAACUCCGGCCCUCCAGAUGUUCGGGACUACAAUUCCCAUCAUCCCUUGCUAACAGGACCACGGGUCAGGGAUGAUGGGAAUUGUAGUCCUAAACAUCUGGAGGGUUGGAGUUUGCCUAUGCCUGCUUUAGCAGCUGUAGGAGAGGCAGAAAUGCCAGUACAGUCAUACCUUGGGUUACAGACGCUUCAGGGUGCACAUUUUCGGGUUACGGACGCGCCGAAACCCGGAAGUACCGGAACGGGUUACUUCCAGGUUUCGGCGCAUGCGCAGAAGCACUAAAUUGCGCUUUGCACAUGUGCAGAAGCACCGAAUCGCAACCCGUGUGUGUGCAUACACGGUGCUGCAGGUUGCGAACGUGUCUCUCACACGGAUCACGUUCGCAACCCGAGCGUCCACUGUACAGCCACCGGAGGUGACAUGUCUGUUAUUACUAUUAUUACAGUGAUACCUUGGUUCUCAAACUUAAUCCGUUCUGGAAGUCCGUUCCAAAACCAAAGCGUUCCAAAAUCAAGGCGCGCUUUCCCAUAGAAAGUAAUACAAGACGGAUUAAUCCGUUCCAGACUUUUAAAAACAACUCGUAAAACAGCAACUUAACAUGAAUUUUACUAUCUAAUAAGACCACUGAGCCAUAAAAUGAAAGCAAUAGUAAAUGUACUAUACUAUAAAACAAAUAAGACAGCGUUGCAGAUGAUAAAAAUUAAAAUUAUUUUUUUUUCUUACUGCACUGAUGAUAGUCAUUGCUUGGAUGUGGGGGCUUUUAUCCAUUUCCGCAGUCACACAAUCAAUCAAUCAAUCAAUCAAUCAGUAGCUGAACUGGGUUCCACAUGGUCACAAAAACAAAUUAACCAAAAAAGCCUCAAAAACAGAAACGCAAAAUAAAUAGCAAAAACAAUUCCUAGCAAAUCUGAAUUCUACCCACACAGUGCAUUGGCAGGAAGCAAGGCGAAUGGCAAUAAAUUGAUGUAAUCGUCAUUAAUCACCAUUUUCAAAUUUUCAUCAAGCAAACAAAUAAAACAAUUUCCAUAAGUUCCCUUGGACUAACCCCCUCUACUUUUGUGGGUCUUUAUGUUAACUUUUUCUCCUGCACCUUCUCUGUUAAUCCAAUUCUAUUUAAUCUCCAAUAAAACCAUAGUCCAACUUUUAACUACGAAUGUCAUUCCAAUCCUACUAAUAAUUUUAAUUGUUUACAAUGAUUUUUUUAAAGAUAAAUUGUAUAUUUCCCCCAUUAUUGAAAUUUUUGGGAUUCCUGAUUCUUCUGGUCAGCUUUGCUGUUUCUGCAUAGUUCAGUUUAAUCUGCCAUUCUUCUCUGGAAGAGACUGCCUGCUUUCCAUCUCUGGGCUAAUAGUGUCCAGGCAGCAGUAGUCACAUACAUAAAAAGUCUCUUCUGGUCACUUGGAAGUUUGGCACUUACAAUUCCUAAAAGAAAAUCAUCUGUUUUUUUAGAAAAUGUUAUUCUAAGGCCUGUCGAAUUUGUGCUUGUCCUGUUCAGUUAAAUCUAUUUACUUACAAUAAUAAAAUCCUGGCAACUUUUGCUCCUGGCCUGUAAAAAGUACUGUUAAAGUCCAAACAAGAAUGGCCAUCUGUCAUGGGUCUUCAGCUAAGAUUCCUGCAUUGCAGGGGGUUUGACUAGAUGACCCUUGGGGUACCUUCCCACUCUACAAUUUUAUGAUUCUAAGAAUAAAGUUACAAUUACCGUAGUUCAACAACAACAACCUAGUUAGGAGAUUACUGUAGAUUGCAUGCAUGUGUUUUCGAUUUUAUAUGCUACUUGUUCAAGUAAGGAGGUCGUAUAGAUGACCAUUUAUCACAGUCAGACAGGAGAAACCAAAUGUAUUUCUGUUUGUCUGUGAGCAGUUAAAGGCAUAGGAACCCAGCAGGGUGGGAGAGCAUAAGCAUGUGUCAGCCCUAAUUGAGUGAUACUGAUAUUUUGAGUUGACAAUGGCAGCUGUUGCCAGUCAGUUAGUAUAAAGAAUAUAGACAAUAUAUCUUAAGUUAAUUGUUACAACAAAUGCAGUUAUCGAGGAAACGAAGGACCCACGCUGAGAUGGAAGUCUCAAAGGAUGAAAGAACUUUAUUUUAUGUAUAUGCAACAUUUACUUUUUAGUAACAUUUUACUUUCUAUAUAACAUAUUUUUGUUAACCGAUGGGUGGUGUAUUUUCGUUUUAAUUUUGUGAUGUAAUAUUCAAAUUCAAUUAUGGGGGGGGAGACAACGGCAGCUGUUGCAGCUGCUGCAUAUAUCUGUCCUGUAAAGUGCUCCACCUGCUGAUUUCUGCAGAUCAAACACUGUUAAAAAUACAGGCAGAGGCUAUAAUGGCUCCUUCUCUCUUCUCCCUCCCCCAUCUAGCUGACAACCCUGUUGGCACCUCAGUUCCUAGGGCACCACUGCUUUUGACUGUCUCUUUUUUUAUCUAGGAGAAAAAAAUCUUCAUAAUAAAUCGUGUUUUAAAUAAUAGGAUAAAAAAUAAUAAGAAAUCAAUCUUUUAGUACAGCAGCACCCACACGUUGAAACUCCCUGCCUAUUAACAUCAGGGAGUCACUUUUCCUAUACACUUUUUGGUACCUAUUUAAACAUUUUUGAAACAUUUUUGUUUAUGCAAGCCUAUUCAGACAUAGAGAAGUUACAUUUAUUUCUACUGUUGAUUUUAAUGAUAUCUUGAAUGCGUUUAAAUACUCGCUUUUAACCGUUUUAUCAAGAAUGUUUCAUUUUAUACUUUGUAAACUGCUUGGAUGUUUCCUUGUAAUCAAGUGGUCGAUAAAUUUUGUUAAAUCAAUAAGAAGGGGGUGCACUGAUCUUUCUGAAUGUGGAGUUUGUAUAUUAUUUCCCGAUGCAUUCAGCCGUAACUCUAAUUUGCUACUACGUUGUCUCAUUUAGUUUUUUAUUUUGCCCCAGUGCCCUUAGAAGUCUCAUUAUACAAAUAGCAUGUUGAGAAAUUAAGUAGCAAAAGCAUUUAGCCCUCAUGUUGUCUUUUGAACAAAGCACUCCUAGAAGCUUCUGCACAUUCUGUUCCUUUAUAGAUAUAUCUUGUCUAUUGAGGAUGAGGAGGAGAUUCGAGAUUAUGUCACUGACCUAAUCCAGGGGGCAGAUGGCAAGAAGAAGCACUUUGUGGAUGAGCUGGUAGCCAGAUGGCAAAAGUCCUGUCAGCCAACUUCUGACCCUUUGCCAAUAUAUCGGAAAAAAGAUGGUAAGUGGGAGUAUAAUGAGGCAGUAAGUAGAAGAAAUAACUCUUUAAUCGCAAGAUUGCAGCAUUUUUAGAUUACCACUGAAUCCAGUUGCAUUACUGAAAAAUAUGAGAUCUUAAUCUGAAUUGUUCUUGGUGCUCCUCAUGAAAGGUGCUGAUGGUAAAUUGUUGCACAUUGACUUGUGCUGAUGGCAAGUGAUGUGGUGCAGAGAGCAAGUGAAUGUUACAAGGAGAAGGGGAGAGGAGUGGCAGGAGCUACUGAAUUUUUCUUUACUGUACAUUCUCUUUUAGAUAGCUCAGAGGUUCUUCGGCCAGGAGACCAAGUCAAGAGGGGAAGACGCAAAGGGAGAAACAAACAGGAAGCACCUGUUCAUGUUGAAGCUGAACAGCCUGUAGAGGAAGUAAAAACACCACUAGAUUUAGCCAAGGUAGGUGCAUUUGUUGUCCACCAUUGGGUCAGAUUGACUUUGUGGGUGCUUUAUCCAAAGACAGAAGCCUAAUCUUCAAAACAAAAAAGCAAUGGUUGUAAUUUUUUACUUGAAGAGCAUAAAGGGGCCAUUGUAUUUCAGUUGUGGGGACUGAUAAGGAGUCUGCUAUUCUGAGAAUCAAAUGUUUCAUCUUUUAUCAUGGAAUGCACAAAUAAAUCUGUCAUCAGUGGUCAGAAUCUUUCCACUUUCUUUCUACGUGCUUUUUAAGGACCCAAGUAGGAAAAGUUAAAAAGGGAAAUCACCUGAAGCCCAAAUUAGAGUUCAAGGAGUUCUGACUGUUGAUUUCUUACCUACUUUUCUUGUUGAGAAUUUAAACAAAUAUGCAAAGUCAGUGUGUGCUGUUCCUUUUUCUUCUGUGGCUAAAAAUACAAAGGAUUAAUGGCAUACUUUCUCAUUUAGACUGCUUUGUUUGUCUCAAAGUCUUCCAGAGUGUGCAGUCCAUGCUAUUUUCUCUCAAAAAUAUUUUCCACUCACCCGGUUUUCCAAGUUGUGUGUUGUUUUUUUUAAAUGAUAUUUAUUAAAAUUUCAGAAACAAAAAAUUACAUUGUUAAAGAAAAAAGAAACAAGGGAAAAAAUAAAAAAGAGAAAAAACAUACAAAGUACAGAAAAAACAAAAAUAAAAACACUUAAAAACAAAUCAAUCCUUCCGUAUCUUACAUUUCAUUUCCUUACUUCCCUGACCUCCUCUCACCUCCCUUUUUUGUAUUCCAGUUCAAUUGGUUAAUUCAGCAAUUCCUUUCCCUCUUUGUUUUUGUCUUAGUCCUUUAACAUAAUAUAUUAUAGCUUUAGAUUCUCACUUAUUAACAAUCCAUUUUUACAUACACCUUUAAGACAUUGCUGCUAAAACCACUUCAUUCUGACAUCAUUCUAACAUUCAUUAAUUUUGCAAUAUUUCUGUAAAUAAUCUUUAAAUUUCUUCCAAUCUUCUUCCACCGACUCUUCUCCCUGGUCUCGGAUUCUGCCAGUCAUUUCCGCCAGUUCCAUGUAGUCCAUCACCUUCAUCUGCCAUUCUUCCAGAGUGGGUAGAUCUUGUGUCUUCCAAUACUUUGCAAUAAGUAUUCUUGCUGCUGUUGUGGCAUACAUAAAGAAAGUUCUAUCCUUCUUUAGCACCAAUUGGCCGACUAUGCCCAGGAGAAAGGCCUCUGGUUUCUUCAAGAAGGUAUAUUUAAAUACCUUUUUCAUUUCAUGAUAGAUCAUCUCCCAGAAAGCCUUAAUCCUUGGGCACGUCCACCAAAGGUGAAAGAAUGUACCUUCAGUUUCUUUACAUUUCCAACAUUUAUUAUCGGGCAAAUGAUAGAUUUUUGCAAGCUUGACUGGGGUCAUGUAUAUCAUUUUCAUAAUAUUCUCUCUUAAGGCAUUGCAUGCCGUAAACUUCAUACCUGUGGUCCAUAACUGUUCCCAGUCAGCCAUCAUUAUGUUAUGUCCAACAUCUUGUGCCCAUUUAAUCAUAGCAGAUUUCACCGUUUCAUCCUGAGUAUUCCAUUUCAACAGCAAGUUAUACAUCUUUGACAAAAUCUUAGUUUUGGGUUCUAGCAGUUCUGUUUCUAAUUUUGAUUUUUCCACCUGGAAGCCAAUGUUCUUGUCCGAAUUAUAUGCCUCCAUUAUCUGAUAAUAAUGAAACCAAUCUCGCACUUUGUUUUUUAGUUUCUCAAAACUCUGCAAUUUCAAUCUAUCUCCCUCUUGUUCCAGAAUUUCCCAAUAUUUCGGCCUUUUGGCCGGUUUCCCAAGUUUUGCUGACUUGCAAUAACAUUAAAAGUGGUGAGAGGGUACAAUUUAGCUGGAUCAAACUCUGAGGUGGUCUUCAUCUGCUUCCCUUUCUCUCCUGGAAUCCUUCUAACAGGGCGGGUGGUAAUAGAUAGCCCAGCUAGAGCAGGCCCUAAUGUAUUUGUUGCCUGCCUGCCCAGCUCCCUCUCUCUCCUAGAAAGCUUUCCAUAGGGUCCUUUGUGAUGGAUGGCACUGUAGUCUCAAGCAGAUCUCUUGGCAGCUGAAUAAGUGUUGCCUAAUCUUUUACCAUAAAAAUCACAGGAAUAAAGCCAUUGAAAUGGAUGAAGUGACUUCUGUUUCCAAAUAGUUGAGGCAUUGGUUUUUGUGUUCAGAUUUUUAUUCACAACGAGAAAUACAUAUAUAGUAUGCCACUGUUUCUUUUAUUGAAUACAGUGGGAACACUUGUGACCAACAGCUUUAACACACAAUUAGGCUUUUGUCUGCAAAUUUCCCACCAUUUUGAUUCUGCACAUUCACACUAACUUUUUUUUUUAACACAAUUUAUUAAAUAAUUCACACCCUGUUUUCCAGUUUGUUCAAAGCAAUUUCCUGUGCAUAUUUAAGUACAAUUUUAAAAAUCGUAUCGGUACAUUUUAUGAAAGCCUAGCAGACCCAUUUGAUAAAAUGUAAUCCAGAUCCCAAUUAGGUGCUCCUUUACUUCAUCCUUUCCAAUGGGCACCUGUAAACUUUCAUUAAGAAAUCCUUUCCUGUCUCAUAGGAGGUUCCCCACUUAACUAAACUCACCCCACACUCAUACGAUGGACACCCCACCCCAUAGUCAACCUUUUGGUUUCCUUGCUCUCUCGCAACUGGCCACCAGCUUUCUGACAGAUGCACAUGGAGUGGGUGUUGCUCGCCCUCCCCUCUUCUGCCAGCCAGCAUAUGGCCUCAUGGGUCUUUUCAAGGCAAUGGGAAUACAAAGUUCUGCCCCUCACAAAUGAAGUAAGAACAAAAGAAGAGCCUGCUGAUCAGGCCAAUGGCCAAUCUAGUCCAGCCUUCUGUCCUCACAGUGGCCAACCAGAUGCUUCUGGGAAGCCCAUCAGCAAAACCCGAGUUCAACAACACUCUUCCCACUUCUGAUUUCCAGCAACUGGUAUUCAGGGGUGUAUGGACUGACAGUGGAGGUUUGUUUGGCAUUGUGAGGGCCAUGCCAACUUCCUUCUUUCUCCCAAGUAGGGUGCCUUAAAGAUCUGUUCAUAUCUCAUGAAGGCAUAGGACAAAUCCUUGCAAUCAAAUCUCAGAAAGUUGUUUGUAUGGUUCUGUGCUUGGCAGAAAUAGUUCUGCUGCCACGAUUCCCUAUUCUCAUAAUGAUAAUUCGAUGAUACAGAUGACAUGGCUUCUCCUCGUCCUGCAUGAUAAAGUAAGUUGAUAAAGUUAAGCUAGACAUAACUGGAAGACUUCCCUGAUAGGUGGGGCAUAAAAAACUUGAGUACCAAACAAACUCUGCAAGAGGGGACAACAAAUUAGGUACUUUUGUCCCAAGGGAACCAUCCGCAAUCUUUAUGUUGGUCAAAAAGAAGUGGAAAAAUAGAUAAGGCAUUCCAGUUCAGAAGAUUCUCACUCCAGUUGUUCUCUAAAAUGUGUUUUCUUCUCCCCUCCUGCAACACCUCCGCAUAACUUAGGCUCAGGAGAUAAACAGUGGUAGCUCCUCCUGCAAGAAGAAGGCAAAAUACGUCAAUUUGUACACGAAGGAGGGUCAGGACAAACUGACAGUCAUGCUCCCAGGACGUCACCCUUGCGAGUGCCUGGCUCAGAAGCACAAGCUCAUCAACAAUUGUCUGACAUGUGGGCGCAUCGUCUGUGAGCAAGAAGGCUCUGGGCCUUGCUUAUUCUGUGGGACACUGGUAUGUUAACCACCUCCUGUAUAUAUUUGUGUGCCCCUCAGGUUCUACCUUGCUUAAUUAUAUCAGGUUAGCACUAUAUUGUUCAGUAUCCUGUGUAGUGUACUAAGCUAUCUCUGUUAUACUUCUCAGGGAAAAGAGGAAAGACUUAAUCCCUCUUUGCUGUUCAGAUCUAAAUCUCUCAUCAAAGAGAGAGCUGCUUCUCAUGUGACAUGGAUGCAUGUUCUUAGACCUUCUUUUGAAGUUUUAUUCUAAAUAUAGUUUGCCUCGCAGACAUAAGCUGAUUUAAUGUCCCGACAUCUUGCUUUGAAACUUCAUAAACCAAUACCAUGAGAAGCAGUUCCAGGACAAUUACAAGGGCUGUCAUGGAAGCUGCGUUUCAGAACUCCUGGUGGAUUUUGAUCAGGGAGCAGGUGAAAGGUGGAGUUCAACGGAUUAACCCCACCUAGCAAAUUGAGGUACAAUCUGAAACGGGAACCAUGGGAUGCAGACAAAGACAGGAGUGCACCUCGAAUCUUCUUAUGGCUACCCUUUCAUAUAUGCACAGUGCUUAGAAAAAAAUUAGGCACUUGAUAACAGGUGUUAUUAAUAGUGUGUAGAAAUUUCAUUUUCUGGAUCUAGAUGGCAGCCUGUCAGCAGCAGAUGUGGGGGUGCUGCUUGACACCUUGUGGAGUUAUUGCCACUCAGUGUAGACAUCAUUGGGCUAGAAUCAGCAGUGGCCCAAAUAUGUAUUUGUGGGCCCACUUCUUAAUUUAUUAUCAUGUUUUCAGACGGUGCUAGUGCUUUUAGUGUGACUCACCUUAGCUCAGGCUAUGACCCAGUAUUGGGUUCUGACCAAUGGGCCAUUUGAAGAAUAAUGGGCUAGAUGAGGAUGGGGCUCUUUGGAUGCUUGAAAAUUGUGAGUCUUGGACCCAAACUAUUGGGUGCAGGUGCAUCAUCUGGAACAUGGUGAUGUUUUAGAUGCUACUAUUCUAUAUAAAACGGAUACUAUGAUUAUUUAUGUGUGUUUCCAAUGUGUGUGUUUUUUUAAAUUGUUAUACGUAUUGCUCAUUUGAAAUGAGAUGAACCACCUUAGGCAUAAUUCUGUAGGAAAGCGGCAUACAAGUCAGCAGAUGCUGCUGAUGAGCCAACCGUAGAAGGCAAUUGCAUGGCCAUGUGUUCGUGCAUGGAGAGAGCAGAUCUCAUAGUUCUCCGUUCUCUUUUAGGUGUGCACAAAAGAAGAGCAGGAUGUCUUGCAACGAGAUUCCAACAAGAGCCAGAAGCUGUUGAAGAAGCUCCUGGCAGGUUAGUAGCUUAUUUGGGGGCGGGAGACUUGAACACAGACCUUGUUUACAGGAUCAGAGAAUUUUGCUAACUUUAAAGAUUUGCAAGAAGGCAAUCCUUUCUUACACAGGUUAGAGUAUUUUAAGUUUUAUUUAGAAGGGUAGUUAAAAGUGUCCUGUCCAUAAGUUGUUUUAACGCCACUUCCUUCUGGAUAACCCUGGCUGGGUUGGACGUUGCACUUGCAGCAGUCUUUGGUGGCUGUUGUCAACCAUUUUUAUUUGAGUGACUUGCUUGGUCCCCAACUAAAUGCACUUUCAGAGCCAAUCAGAGACCUUUAGAAGUCUGAUUUGGAUUGAAACCACUUCCUCUGCUGAGGGGGAAAUGAAUGCUCUAUUUGCCACGGAUCCAAACUGAUCCCUCCAAAUGGAGCAUUUGUUCCUCUGCAGAGGAAGUGGUUUGGAUUCUCUUCCUCAUCUUAUAUCAGAAGUGGGCAGCAAGUAGCAAAUGGUUCCCAGCCCAAUUUUAUGUGGGUGGCAAAUGUGGGAGAAAGAGAGAAAGGGGGAUGGCUUUGCCCACUUUUGGCUCUGGUCUGCAUCCCCCGCCAGCUUCACCCCACCCAUGUGCCAAGGGAAUGCAUCCCUUGACAGAUGAAAAGAUUCCCCAUCCCCUCUUUGUGUACAGGCAAGACUAUGCAGAAAUUAUUCUCAAAGUGCCAGGUGGAUGUGUAAAUUGAUGCAUGGAGUGCAGGUCGCAAUGAACUCUUGUGGAUUUCAGGCACUGAGAGUUCUGGAAAGGUGGAUAUAAGUGGCAAGGACAUACUCCCCCGCCAGGAGUCUCGACUCAAGGCAGGUCUGGAGGUGGCUGUGAAGCACAAGGACAAGCUGUUGGAGUAUGACAAAACAAGGUACAUGACAGAGGGAGUUAGACAUGUGUCUAGAUCCAAAGACUUCCUGACAGGAAAGAUCCUCCAAUCCUUCUUUAUGAGCAGCCUGAACCACAAGCCGAACUCUCUCUGCUAAAGCUUUGAGGACCAAUUUCCAAUAUUAAUAUUUGCAGUUUCCGUCCUUGGCCCUGUUCUUGCACUUUCUCUUGUAUAAAGCACACGUGUUUCAUUUUUUACUCAGCAGGUUGCUUUUGACAGAAAAAACUCGAGGUUUUAUUUAAAAGCUUUGAUGUGAAGAUGCCCACUGUGCCAAUUGCUGAAUCUCGACUAGCUGGAUUUGCCUUUUAGCAGGAUAACACCAGCAAGGGGGUGAAUUUGACAAUUUCAGAUCCUCAGAUUGAGAGAAUAGAAACUGUGCCUGCUUUGCUUCUGUCCCUAGCAUAUGUGUGAAGCAGUGUUCAUUGGGUCACCUUUGUCCCAUGCUGUAGACCAGGGAUGGGGAACUUGUAGCUCUCUAGAUGUUGCUGGAUUGCAGCUCCUAUUAAACCCAGCUGCCAGACUUUGGGCUCUCACAUUUCAGCGGCACCCUGUGUGAUGUUAAAAUUCAGUCGUUGUCAUUGUUGUCCUUACACUCCAUUCUACAGCAUAGUUGUGGCACCCCUUGCAGCACGGCACCCAGUGCAGCUGCAGCAGUUGUGGUACCUUAAAAUAGCCUCUGCCACCAUGGCCAUCUGAAGGCAGCCCUGUUUAGGGAAGCUUUUAAUGUUUAAUAGGUUAUUGUAUUUUAAUAUUCUGUUGGAAGCCGCCCAGAGUGGCUGGGGAAACCCAUCCAGAUGGGCGGGGUAUAAAUGUAUUAUUAUUAUUAUUAUUAUUAUUAUUAUUAUUAUUAUUUAUUACUGCCCCAGGGUGUGGUCCAAAGGCACGUGAGCCACUGCCUUGCUGAAGCUAUGCAGGAUUGGGUCUAGUGAGUUUGUGUGGCCUGGGAACCACGUGUAUGCCAGGAAAAAGGUGGACUAUAAAUGUAAGAAAAUAAGUAAAGGAAUAUAGGACUUGUAGUAUCUGACAUCAAAGAUCAUCUCUGUGCUAUAUGGCAAGAAGUAGUGUGCUAGUGUGUUUAGGGAAGUCUUUAAUGUUUUCUCUUUUAUUGCCUUAUUAUUAUUAUUAUUAGAACCAAACGUUCUGAUCUCCCUUUAGAGAGUUCCCAUCCAAUUUCUCUUGAAUCCAAUGUGCACCCCCAGAUUCUUUCUUUACUUUACUUUACUUUACUUUACUUACUGAUGCUGUCAUGGGCUGUUAGGUAGUAAUAGCUUAGUGGCAGAUCACUUGCUUUGCAUGCAGAAGAUCCUAGAAGGUUCAGUCCCCAGCAUCUCCAAGUAGGGCUAGGAGACAACCCCGUCUGAUACCCUGAAGAGCCGCUGCCAGUCAGUAUACCUGCAGACAGAACCAAGCUAGAUGGACCACUGGUCUGACUCUGUAUAAGGCAGCUUCCUAUGUUGCCUGACACCUGCAGAUAAAAAAGGGGUCAGAUAGCAUGUGAUGGGAAAGACCUCUCCCUGAGCCCCUGGAGAGGGCUGGGGUAUUCCUCCCUUUUGUCUUUUGAGAACUGCAAUCCCUGUUGCAAACUACAUGUAGGCACUGAGCAAGAUGAAAGCCCGAAAUUGGCAAGGCCUGCCUGCCUGCCUUCCUUCCUUCCUUCCUUCCUUCCUUCCUUCCUUCCUUCCUUCCUUUCUUCUCUCCACUUGCAUGAGAAUAGGCUGAGAGCUGCAUGAAAUGAGCAUGAGGAGCCACAGGUUGCCCACUCCUGAAGCAAACUUUGCAGGGCUAGAGGAACAAAUCAGUCCUUUGUAAUGACACCAUGUUUCCCUUGGGGCUGCUGGGUGACCGUCUUCUGGUUUUCAUGCUAGCGCGCGCCGAACUCAAGUCAUCGAUGACGAGUCCGACUACUUUGCUACCGACUCCAAUCAGUGGCUCUCAAAACAGGAGAGGGAAGUGCUGGAAAAGAGAGAGAAGGAGCUACGGGAGCUGAGGCAUGCUUCUCGACUCUCCAAAAAGAUCACGAUCGACUUUGCCGGACGGCAGAUCCUGGAGGAACAGGGUGGCAUGGCAGACUAUCACAGCAAGUGAGUAUCAUGGCACAGUAGGUCAGGGUGGUGGGUUCACUUUUGACAAAGAGGAAAGCUUGAUGGCUCCUUUUUUGGUCAAAUGGAUGUAAUGUUUGAGGCUGGUCUUUCCCCCUUGUCUCAUCCUUCUCCCCUUUAGGAAUAGGACUUGUAGUCAUCUAGUUUGCUUUUACUGUUGAUGGCCUUCUCACUUCCACUUCCUGUUUGGCGACAUCACAGUCACAAACAAGGAUAGAGUGUGUGUGGAAUCGAACAGAUGAGGCUCCCAGGAUGGUACUUCUUUGCGUCUUUUCCUAGUGAUGAAUGUAAUAGCCUGAAGUGAAACAGAGCAGGGCUUGAAUCGCGGCGCUGUAAGGAUUUGGUGAAGUACCCUAGCCUCAUUCAUCUGGAAACGAUGCCUUAUGAGGAACGGCUAAGGGAGCUGGGCAUGUUUAGCCUGGAGAAGAGGAGGUUAAGGGGUGAUAUGAUAGCCAUGUUCAAAUAUAUAAAAGGAUGUCACAUAGAGGAGGGAGAAAGGUUGUUUUCUGCUGCUCCAGAGAAGCGGACACGGAGCAAUGGAUCCAAACUACAAGAAAGAAGAUUCCACCUAAACAGGAAGAACUUCCUGACAGUAAGAGCUGUUCGACAGUGGAAUUUGCUGCCAAGGAGUGUGGUGGAGUCUCCUUCUUUGGAGGUCUUUAAGCAGAGGCUUGACAACCAUAUGUCAGGAGUGCUCUGAUGGUGUUUCCUGCUUGGCAGGGGGUUGGACUCAAUGGCCCUUGUGGUCUCUUCCAACUCUAUGAUUCUAUGAUUCUAUGAUUCUAUGAUCUUCAUCCUAAAUGCACCUCCUUGGAACGUUUUUCAUUAUUAACAAUAUAAACUCGCACGUAAAAUAUUUAAGGUCAGGGUUAGUUUGCUAGGACCCUUGCACCAGAAAAAAACUGGCUUACUGAGUGGUCAUUAAACUUUUCCUUUGAGUGAAAAGAAGAAUUGCUUUGCUGAAUUAGGUCAUGGUCUGUCCAUCUAGUCAAGCUUUCUGUCUCUAACAAUAGCCAGUCACGUGCUGCUGGAAAGCUCACAAGUGCUGCAUGUUGCUGACCAUCCCUUGUUGAUUGUUGAAAUCCUACAGCAGUCAGAGGGUCCAUUAAUCUUUCAUGGCAACUGGUGCAUUUCAUGAAUUGGUCUUUUUAUCACCUCACCACUGACAUUGCAAUUCCUAUGGUGGAGGUCUGCUACAGUUGUGUAGCCAAUGCACCUAUGCAUGGUGUUUCUAUCUUUCUCCAAGCAAAGAAGUUUCAUUUAGCAAAGAAGGUGAAGGGAGCCUGGAAAGGCAUUUUCAGUUGGACAGGUGCAGGGUAGUUUGCAAAAACUAAUGUAAAACUGGUUGGCUCUCCUUGCAGAUUGGAUGAAACAAUUGAAGCUAUCAGUCAGGGAACCUUGACCAAGCCAAAGCAGAACCCUGAAGGAAAAUAUGAAGAAUCCGGAGUCUUGGUGAACCCAAACCUUCUCCAGCCAGCUCCUGUGGUCAGUACUCUUCCUCCUUAACAAAAUUCUAGAUCUCAGAUGGGGAACCUAUGGUCUUCCAGAUGCAACUGGUGUUUCAAAGCUAGUACAACACAGCUUCAGCCAGCAAGUAGUUGAAAGGGUGGUACACCAAAUAUGAAAAAAGCACAAGUAUUCAUACAUUUACAAGCAAAGGGGCAGUUAUGUCCAUAUAUGGCAGUAAUCCUGUCACUAGCUUCUUCUAAUCACAAGGCAUAGCAACUUUCUUAUCUUUGCCUCCUUCCUUUGUCCUUAACAGCUAUAGCAUGAGCUCACACACAACUGUCGCUCUGUCCUUUUCUCACAACUUUCCCAUUCCGACUUUCACUCAUUCAACCUUUCUCACACACAUCUCAACUUUUAAUUUUUUUUUAUUUCUAUAACUUAUACGACAGUAGAGUCCAGCAAUGCACAGUUUGGCCAUUUAUUCUCUAAAUAGUGUUGCUUGAACAAGGGCUCUUUUGCCACUAGUGAGGCAGAGAACCAGCCAUGGGGUCUGUCCAUGGUAUCUCCUGUUGGAGGCCUAGUGAGGUUAGCCACCCAGUGACUGGGGCAAUUAAUAAAUUGUUGUUAUUCCUGGGCAGCAGGAUCUUCUGGCACAGUGGAACCUCGGGUUGCGGAUGUAAUCCGUGACGGAGGCACGUCCGCAACCCAAAGUGUUCGUAACCUGCAGCGCCGCAUCUGUGCAUGCGCGUGACGCGAUUUGGUGCUUCUUCUGUUCAUACGCAAAGCGCAAUUUGGCGCUUCUGUGCAUGCACAAGUGGCAAAACCCGGAAGUAACCCUUUCUGGUACUUCCAGGUUUCCCGCAGUCUGCAACCUGAAAAAACAUGUAACCCGAAGUGUCUGUAACCCGAGGUACCACUGUAGUUGCAUGGGAUUGUGUAUGCUUCCCCAGAUCUUCAGGGUCCUCAUUGGAGGAUUACUUGUUGAGGUUUGAGUCUGGGCUCAGUAUAAGAGUCACAAGCAAUGCUGUCAGCUGGAACCUGAUAGGAUUCUUGCUCCGUGCUUGCAGUCAUGGGAUUGGUUUUAAUCACAUGACGGUGUAUGUUUUCAUUCCACAGAGUGGGAAGUGGGACAGAGACAGGAUGUUUAUACUACUGUGUUCCGUGAUGUAGGACUAUUGUCCUUUGUUCUUUCUCUUUGCUGUCUGAUGAGAAAGAGGAAGGAGCUGAAUCAGAAUGCUCCAAGUGUAUUAUAUGUAAAUAAAGUAGUUUAACCAAAAUGCUGUGCUGCUGAGUCUGUUACGCAAACUGCUAACACUCUGAAGGAUCCUUAAGUGUGCUGAUGCCUCUUGGUAUCAGUCGCUGUGGUGUUUGGGCUAGAGGAAGCUUUUGAACUCCCGAAUGACCGACCAGGAGGGAGAGAACAUGCCAGUCGGGUAUGUGUCUCUGCCAGGGUCUUACACAUGAGUAGGACGAUCCUGAUAGAACCUACAAGCUACAAAACACACGAGACACACUUUCACGCCUCCCUGUUUUGCAGUUUAAAUGGAGAAAUGUUAACCUUUUUGUAUGUUCUUCUUGUUUUUAGUGGGUGGAGCAGACUGGUUUGCUCCUGCACAGGAAAAAUAUCCCUUCUGCAGAGGCUGGAAGCGAGGCAUGUUUGGAAAGAAGUCGUUUACGAAUUCAGGACCGAGAGAUACAGGAGAUCUCGGAUGAUGGCUGGUGCCUUAGCAUGCAUCAGCCUUGGGCCUCAUUGCUGGUCAAAGGGAUCAAAAGGUAAGCAGAAGACCUGAAACUGGGAGCAUUUGAGACAGGGAGCAGCUUGUUUAAGGGAAACCCUUGUGCAGUUAUCUGUUGAGGAUGAUUUUCCCUUAAAUGGAGUGGCCUGUCUUAUCUAAUGAGUGUUAUCCAGAGCCUCUUAAUUUUCUGUGACAGUAACUGCAAUGUGUAAAUAACAGGGACAUGAAGCACUUUUGUCCUUGCUGCAACAUAAGAGACACAAGGAGAGCUUUCACUUGCAUAAAUAUUCCUUGGGGCUUAAUUUUCAGUAAAGGCUUAUUCAUGUAAUAGAGGGUGAAAGGAAUCUAAUGCAUCAGCUAGAGCACUGAACUUAGACCUGGGGACAGGUUUAAAUCCCUGCUUGGGCUGUCUCACAGGGGUGCUGUCAAGAUAAAAGGGCUGGGAACUGUCAGCUUCUUGGAGAAAGUGUGUAGUAAAAUUAAAUGUUACAUAUUUUUGAAAGGAUCAGCUUCUAGUGAUUAAAUUUGACCUAUACUUACUGGCUUCUGGCCUUAAAAUUUUCACUUCCCAUUUCAAGUGUUAGGUGGCAGUGUUUUCCUCUAUUCCUCUGGGUGGAAAGGAAAUAACCUUUUGAACAACUGCUGUAUUCACUUAAAUGUAGAUCAGAAGACUGAGGGUUGUAUCUAUUGCUAGUCCUACUCAGGGCAGAUCUGUUGAAGUUAAUGGCUAUAACUUAGUCAUACAGGCUGUGACCAUUUUAGGUGGCUCCAACUGCAGCACAGGUCCUUUUGGACCUGGAGGAGGGCAGAAUGGGGGUGUGGUGCAGGGUUUAUGCAUGCUCUGCUGACAUGCACAGGAGCUGGGAAUGGAACCCCUGCACGAAAUGGUCGUUGCCUGUAUUUGCUAAUUUCAAUUGGACUUCUGUUACAUUAGAUACAAUUCAGAGUAUUCAAGUCCAGGUAUGGUUGCAAAAUGAGUUGUGUUAACCUUGAAUUUAUUAUGAGCCAGCAUUGGAGACAAUCGGGAGGUUUCUAACGCUUGAUGUUUUAAGAUAAGCUGUAAGCCGCCCAGAGUGGCUGGGAAAAUAUUAUUAUUAUUAUUGUUGUUGUUGUUGUUAUUUUAAACCACUUCUGAUGUUAUCAGAUUGCUGCUUGGCUGUGGAGCAAGCUAAGUGCCAUUGGGCAAGUCCCUGUUUCAUGGCCUAAGCUGCCUCACACAGUUGUGGAGCAGGUAACAAGGGCCAAUGCCACCUAUAGCAUCUUGAGCUCCUCAAAGAAAAGAAAAGGGGUGAUAGAAAUUUGAUCAAUUAAUAUGGGGACUACCUCACUUCUUCCUUGCUGUAUUUGACGCCUGUGCUUUUGUCUCCAUAGAGACUGCAUGGCUCUUCCAAGCAGUCUUGGGCUUCAGCACCUCUUUUGCAAGCUGACUGUUGCUCAGCUCACUCUCUCUGGCCCCCAUCCCCACCAUACUUUUAAAGUACCGUCAUGUCACUUUAAACAGUCAUGGUUCCCCCCGCAAGAAUCCUAGGAACUGUAGUUUAAGCGUGCUGAGAAUUAUUGGGAAGCCCCUAUUCCCCUCUCAGAGGUCUAAUUCCCACACUUACUUGGGAGUAAUAAUAAUAUAAAAAAUAAUAAUAAUUUAUUAUUUAUUCCCCAGCCACUCUGGGCGGCUUCCAACAAAACACUAAAAUACAAUAACCUAUAAAACAUUAAAAGCUUCCCUAAACAGGGCUGCCUUUAGAUGUCUUCUAAAAGGUCUGGUAGUUAUUUUUCUGUUUGACAUCUGAUGGGAGGGCGUUACACAGGGUGGAUGCCACUACCAAAAAGGCUCUCUGCCUGGUUCCCUGUAACUUGGCUUCUCGUAGUGAGGGAACCGCCAGAAGGCCCUCGGCACUGGACCUCAGUGUCCGGGCAGAACGAUGGAGGUAGAGACGCUCCUUCAGGUAUACUGGACCAAGGCCAUUUAGGGCUUUAAAGGUCAGCACCAACAUUUUUAAUUGUGCUCGGAAAUGUACUGGAAGCCAGUGUAGGUCUUUCAAGACCUGUGUUAUAUGGUCUUGGUGGCCGCUCCCAGUCACCAGUCUAGCUGCUGCAUUCUGGAUUAGUUGUAGUUUCUGGGUCACCUUCAAAGGUAGCCCCACAUAGAGCGCAUUGCAGUAGUCCAAGUGAGAGAUAACCAGAGCAUACACCACUCUGGCGAGACAGUCCGCGGGCAGGUAGGGUCUCAGCCUGCAUACCAGAUGGAGCUGGUAAACAGCUGCCCUGGACACAGAAUUGACCUGUGCCUCCAUGGACAGCUGUGAGUCCAGAAUGACGCCCAGGCUGUGCACCCGGUCCUUCAGGGGCACAGUUACCCCAUUCAGGACCAGGGAGUCCUCCACACCCACCCGCCUCCUGUCCCCCAAGAACAGUACUUCUGUCUUGUCAGGAUUCAACCUCAAUCUGUUAGCUGCCAUCCAUCCUCCAACCGCCUCCAGACACUCACACAGGACCUUCACCGCCUUCACUGGUUCCGAUUUAAAAGAGAGAUAGAGCUGGGUAUCAUCCGCAUACUGAUGAACACCCAGCCCAAACCCUCUGAUGAUCUUUCCCAGUGGCUGCAUGUAGAUGUUGAAAAGCAUGGGGAAGAGGACAGAACCCUGAGGCACCCCACAAGUGAGAGCCCAGGGGUCUGAACACUCAUCCCCCCCACCACUUUCUGAAUACGGCCCAGGAGGAAGGAGCGGAACCACUUUAUGACAGUGCCCCCAGCUCCCAGUCCCCCUAGACGGUCCAGAAGGAUGCUUUGGUCGAUGGUGUCAAAAGCCGCUGAGAGAUCCAGCAGAACUAGGAAACAGCUCUCACCUAUGUCCCUAGCCCGCCGGAGAUCAUCAGCCAGUGUGACCAAGGCAGUAUCAGUCCCAUGAUGAGGCCUGAAUCCUGACUGGAAGGGAUCCAAAUGGUCUGCUUCUUCCAGGCGUGCCUGGAGUUGUUCAGCAGCCACUCGCUCAAUCAUUCAAGAGAAUGAUUGUUAAGCCACUCUAGAAAGGAGAGUGAUCUUGUGCUCAAAUUUUGCAUGCGGGUUUCCUGCAGGAAUUUGGGUCGCCACUGUAAGAACAGGAUGCUGGACUUGAAAGGGCUAAUGGCCUGACCCAGCUGGCUCUUCUUUUGCUCAUAUGUCGUUGCCGUCAGUAUGGCGAGACUCCAGGAUGAGUUCAGAGAACGUCAGCUUUGAAAUAAAAGUAAAAAGUUUGUUUCUGGCAGUGUAUUGUAGCUGGGGGGAAAUGUGUCAGCAGUUUAUGGAUAAAUGGGGAAAUGUAUAAACUUUGGUGCUUUGAAGAUCAUGAUUCCUUAAGCCGGUCUCUUAAUGCCUGAGGCCCUUUCAUGGAUUUUCAGCUUGCAACUUUAAUUCUGUCACUAGCGCCUUCCUUUUGAAAGGACUGUCUGUGCCAAGGGUGCUUGCCUCCCCCAGAAUAUACAACUUGGAUACUAAAAUGGCAAUUCAGUGUUCCCUGAAACAUGUGGGUGCCAAAGAAGGCAUACCUCCUGGAGAUUGAAUCUGUUUCUGUUCCUCCCUCUCCAGGGUAGAAGGCAGGACUUGGUACACAUCACACCGGGGUCGAUUGUGGAUAGCAGCUACAGCCAAAAGGCCAUCCCCUCAGGAAAUCUGUGAGCAGGAGGCUACCUACAAAAUACUGCUUGGGAAAGGUGAGCCCCCCCUCCCACCUCUUAAGACCUUUGGAUUUCCUGCCCUUUUAGCUGAGUCAGGGUGUUUUUCCUUGGAGGCCAGCUGGCUAAAUGAAAAUUAGUUUGUGGGCUUCAGAGUGGCUACUGCUAUACAUGUUCUGGUUAUUUAUAUAGUGCAUAUAUGUGUACAUAGAUUAAAAGAAUGAGAGGACAGGUCCCUGUCUCCUAAGGGGCUUACAGUGUGAAAACACAACUGGGGUAUCAAAACAGGGCCAUUUGCUAUGCCAGCUGUGGAUAAUGAAGGAUAAAGUUCAGCAACGUCUGGGGACGCAAAGUUGAAGAAGUCUGCCAUAGCUUUAUUCUCCUGCCACUGGCUCUUUUCUCCUUUGCCUCACAGUUUCCUUUUCUCAUUCUCAUUUUAAAUACUGCAAGAACUCAAAUUCUUCAGUCUGAAUACAACGUUUGAAUUGCAUAAAAUGUGUCCUAACCAAUUAGAGAGUUAGAGUGCUUCUUGCCAGUGAACCUGGACCGAAUGUAACAUUUGACCUUAGAUAAUACCUCAGCAAGGCCUGGGGCUGAUCUUUGCACUGGCUGGAGGCAUGUUAAUGGAGCAGAUUAGAAGGCCUUGGGAGACCGAGGUCCUCGUGGAGAAAUGCUUUCCCCAGGAUCAGAAAAGCUUCCCUAAGCAAAAGUACUUUUGUCCAAACCAUGAAAUUAGCUGUAUAAAACAGUGUGGAGAGAGCUCACGCAAGGCACUCGAAGGCUAAUCAAGACCAUGUGGAGAAUGGCAGGGCGCUGCAUCACAUGUUUGAGCUUGCCUAACAAUUUUCUCUCCGGCUUGCCAUAGAUUUGGAAUUUCCCAAAGAUUAUCCCUCUGGCUGCCUCCUUGGCUGUGUGGACUUGAUUGACUGCUUGUCGCAAGAGGAAUUUAAGGAGCAGGUGAGUUAGCACAAAAAAAACAAAAAAAAACUGCUCGGUUUUGUGAGUGUUGAAGCUGGAGAACAUUAUUUGGCUGCCUUUGGCAAAAAUGAAGGUCUUUCUCCUUCCUCUCCCCAGUAGGGUGGCAAAAUUAUGCUACUGCUAUGAUUUUCCUGACUGGAGGUUUCCAAAGGGGCUGUGAGUGUCCCUUUCAAGUUCUGCUGCUUCAAGCAUAGGAACCUUCCUUAUCCUAAGUCAGGACUAUUUAUCCAUAUAGCCUACCCAGUGUUGUGUAUUAGGUUUUCACUUUCCAAGAUUUCAGGCUGAGGUCUUUCCCAUCAUUUGCUGCUUGGUCCUUUUAGGCCAGGGAAUUGAGACUGGGGACCUUCUGCAUGUGGCGUGUGUGCUCUGUGGUCUUCCCUCUAAAGCAGAGGUAGGCAACCUAAGGCCCGUGGGCCAGAUGCGGCCCAAUCACCAUCUAAUCUGGCCCGCAGACGGUCCAAGAAUCAGCGUGUUUUUACAUGAGCAGAAUGUGUCCUUUUAUUUAAAAUGCACCUCUGGAUGAUUUGUGGGGCCUGCCUGGUGUUUUUACACGAGUAGAAUGUGUGCUUUUAUUUAAAACACAUCUCUGGGUUAUUUGUGGGGCAUAGGAAUUCGUUCAUUAUUUUUUUCAAACUAUAGUCCGGCCCACCACAUGGUCUGAGGGAUGGUGGACUGGCCCACGGCUGAAAAAGUUUUCUGACCCCUGCUCUAAGGCAACAACCUGUUCCUCUGGUAGAGUUGGGCAGGCACCAGCAGCUUGCUUUUCCAGAAACGUAAGAGAAAUCACCAUAAAACAAAGAGUAUGAAUUAAAAUGUAAAGCAAGUCUUCAGCAUACAGGCCACAGGUUUGUUGCAGAUGAUACCUCUCGGAUAGAUCUGUUCUCGAGCUUAUGGUGGAAGCAGAGGCGGUGGGGGGGAGUGUCUGACUGUGGGGGGCGUGCGUGAACUUCUCAACCUUGUGUGUGGUUUUGAGCGUCACUCUUCUUUCUCAGAGCCAUGUCAGUUGUGACCUGUAUUUGUUUAACCAAAUCAGUCCUGAGUCAGGGAAAUCCCUUUUUGAAUAGGGCUCCUGGCAACCAGUUGGUUGGUUAUUGAUUUACAGAGGCAGCUGCAGCUAGGCCAGCACACCUAGUAGAUUCAUAGCAGUCCGUUGGCAGGGAGGGAGAUCUUUCUCUAUCAGACAAAAGCAGCCGCCACUGCUUGUUUACCCAUGUUUGGUAAUGUUCUGCAUAGAAGCAAAAUCUUCUGUUUGUGAACUCAGAAUACUCAGUAGUUAGAAUGCAUACCCACCCACACCCUGGUGUUUCAUUCACAGUUUUCUCCGAGGGAGGCUCAGUAAAUGGCCUUUGUAUCUGAGCUUCAAAGGAUCCCUCUUACUAUCACAUUCCUGGCCUGUAUUUAAUAGGUUGUAUGUAUCUAGUAAUGGAAUAUCUGGUUUUCUUUUGUUAUGAGUUAUGUAUUUUGUGUUUUUAUGUUGUAAACCGCCCUGUGAUCUUUGGAUGAAGGGUGGUAUAUCAAUUUAAUAAAUAAUAAUAAUUGUAUCUAAACUUAGGCCCCUCCUGCAGUGUACACUGAUGCCACUUUAAACAGGCGUGGCUUCUCUCAAAGUAUCUUGGGAACUCUUGGUUUCUUAAGGGUUCUGAGAGUUAUUAGGAGACACCUUUUUUCCCCUUCUAGAGCUGCAGUUCCCAGAGUGCUUUCACAAUCGAUUUCUCUUCCCAGGGAAAUCUGGGAAGCUCAGCUCUUUGCGGGGAAUAGUGUUGCUCCGUGAUGGGAGUUAUAGUUCAAAACACCCAGAGGGCACCAGGUUAUGGGAGGCUGGCAAGAAGAUCAAGCUGACCAUGACGAUUCACCUGGAGAGGUCCUCUAGAGUGGGAGAGCCUUGCACUGUCCUUCACUGCUUCCAUGAGUAAUGGUUUGGGAUAUGGCUGCAUUGGGUAGAGCUCUGCAGAAAGAGCACUGUCUUUAGAGUGGCUGAGCAGUGGUGUAGAGCCAGGCAUGGCGUUGUCACAGCGGGGAAACCUUGUUAUGUUCCUGGACCUCACCUGUGGGCAUGUGACGCAACCGCUUUACUGAGGUUAAGCAGAUCUGGGUCUGGUCACUGCCUGGAUGGGACGCCAUGAUUGAGUUUCCUGAUUGAAGGAAGGCAGCAGGAUGUCAGUGUGCUAAAGAAAUGUGACACAAAUGGUUGGCUGAUAACACAUGUAGGAUUCCUUCAGAUGUAGCAAAACUUUCUGAAGUCUUGCAUUCUUCAAGCCAGGUUAUCUGACUUUCAGGUUAUCUUCUUCUAGGCAGCCAGCUCUUCAACACUGACAGACCUACCUGUUACAGGUGUUUAUAGAAAGCAGGGGUGGGACCCCAGCCCAGGCCUUUAGCUGGGUGCAGCUUGCUGCUGGAUUUCACCUUGUCCUUCUGGGUGCUCUUGUGUCAGUUAGCUGUUGUGUGGGCAGCAGCUGAGAGGGGAAAAGGGCUUUGAUAUAUAGCAAAGUGUGCACACUGCCAUUCUUAGAAUUUUUCUGUGGAAAAUACUAAGUUGCUUUUAACUUUUAUAUGGUCAGGGCAAAUAAAGGGUGUUGGGGAGGAUUUGUUGUUGUUGUUGUUAUUUAUUAAACACACUUUGUAAAAUAAAGUCUAUGGAGGAAUGGAAGGUUUAAGAAUUAAAUAUAUGUUUCUGCUUCCAUGGGAAAUACCUAUAUGUUUUGUUUGGUUUUUUUAAAAAAAUACUAUGAUUUUCAAUUUUAUACAUUUCAACAAUUUUCCUAUCAUUUUAAUAUUUCAAGACUUGACUUCCUUCCCCCUUUUUCUGCAGUUCCUUAAAUUUAUUUUAAAUAUUCUCUGCACAUCCAAAUUAAUUUAAUUUACUCUUUAAUUUGUUUGCUUUAAAUAUAUACUCUUACGAAACUGCAGGUUAUUACAAUAAUCCUGCCAAUGUUCUUAUCUGUUUACAAUUUGUAAAUAUUCCAUAAACCAUUUCCAUUCUUUUAUAAAAAAGUUUGCUAUCUUGAUUUCUCCCCCCCCCUUUUUUUUUGUAUGCCAUUUCUGCAUAUUCCAUCAGUUUUUGUAUCCAUUCUUCUUUCACUGGGACGACUUCUUUCCAUUUUGGGGCAAGCAACAUUCUUGCCGCUGUAGUCGCAUGCAUGAAUAGAUUUCUAUACAGUUUGAGUAGUUCUGUCCCUAUAAUACCUAUAUGGUUAAGGGUAUGAGAUGGUGUAUGACUCUGGCCCAUUCCUGGAAGGUGUCCCCAAUAGCUUUCCACUGGGUAAUGUGGUCCUCAGACGGCAGAAGACUCUCCACUCCUGAUAUAAAGCAAACCUUGAUCUUACCUGUGUGCCAUAGCAUAGGGGAAGCUCUGUUGCUCUUAAUGAUGUGCCUUCUGCCUCUUUGCUCUCUUCUUGCCACCAGAGGGACACCCAAUACUUUGCAGUUUAUUUACUCAGGAACGGGAGGACUGCUAGCCAAGCUCCUGGUCUCCUGCCAGUCGCUUCAGCUCCCUUCCCUUCCUUAUCUUCCAUUAACUUGAAACCAAACAGCCUAGCCAUCAUGGAAGGACAUCCAACCCUCAGGUGUUAUAAGAAUCCAGUCAAGCCCAGAGAUCUGAUUAUUUGAGAAAAUUCUCUUUAUUUGAGAAAGGGCGGGGGGGGGGAGAGAGAGGAAAAGUAAGGAGGAAGGCAAUGAGUGUGCACAAUAAUAAAAAGGAAAUAAAACAUUACACCAGAGCAUUGGUCUGGCUCUUGACUAGCGAACUGGUGACUCUCCAGCUCUUGCUAGACUCCAAACAAAUAAAUCUCCCAGCAGUGGAGGAGGUGAAUAGAAUAUAAGCCAUUCCACAUUGGAAGCCAGAAGGCUGCUUUUGAAAAUGAGAGGCAAAUAUAUUAAUAUGCAUCCGUUUUUUAAAAAAGUGUCACAGCAGAGCUGCCCAGCAUCUUGAUCAGAGGUAGGAAAUUGGUGCUUUUGAGCUGCUGCUGGACUCCGGUUCCUAUCUGCUCCAAGCUACAUGGUCCAUAGUCAGGGAUGAUGGGUGGGGUAGUCUUAACAUCAUCUGUAGGGCCAUAGAUUCUCUACUGCAGAUCCUGAUAACCAAUUGACAGUUUGUGUUAGAGAAACUGGAUGCUAGUUCAGACUAGUUUGCUUUACUCUGCUUCUCAAACAAAGCGUACGUAUGUAAUCUAUAAGGACUUGAGUCCAAAUAUAAAUCUCCACACCACACUGCCACAUCCCUGACCAUCAGCCAUGCUGGUUGAGGUUGGUGUAAGUUGAAGUGCCACAGGUUCCCAGUUCCUGCUCAACACAGGUCAGUCCUGUGGAUCAGUUUCUGGAUGCACGCUGGCCUCCCUCCUCUAGCGCAACUGUUGGAUAAAACAAUGCAGAAUGCCAGAAAACUCUAGCCUGCGAGAAAUCAUAUUAUGUGCUUCUUUCAUUAAAAACGACAUCAUUACUUCCUGAAAAGGGAGCGGAUUGCUUCCAUAAUUUCAUUUCAGUAGCCAACAUAUAUAUUUUGAGAAAAUGUCUCUUUCACAUCAUUUAUGUUUAUUCAGUCACAUCUCUAUGCCCGUACUUACAGAGUUAAAAUAGAUAAUACCGCUAUAUUUUUUCUGUUUGUAAGCAAUGCCAUAAAUAAUACAUGUCAGUGUGGCUAGAUAUGCUCAGUAUCUGGUCUGGUUGCCUUUAAUUAAAAGCAUUUUGCCUGUUUUCAGAAAAAAGUGUGCAUAAAUCACACCCUUUUCAUUAAUUACAUAUAGAAGACAGCUAGCAGCUAUCCAAGAGGAUACACAGCUUUCAAGCAAUGAGGAGGCCAUUUAGAACCGAUGAACAAAAUUGAAACAAGAACUAAUUAUACCCGUUGCUAUCCAUGUACAUUCUACACACUAAGGUUUUAUUUUAUUUUUAAACUAGAUAGCUGUGUUAGGACAAAAAUCCUAAAGUAAUAGUAGGCAGCACCUUCAUAAUGCCCAACUGAAAUAUUAGGAAGAGAGCAAGCUUUCAGGUUCGACAGAACUCUUUGUCUAAGCAAAACAAGCAAAAAAAUGGGGGCAGGUGGAAUCAGUAUGUUAGACUAGAUGCAAAAAAAGGCGUAAUUUGCACCAUGUUGGGUAAGUCUUAAUUCCCCCUUUAUUGAAAAGAGGGAUGGACAGUUGAGGGUGAUGCCCGAUAGCAUAAAUUCCAGAGCUGCAGCAUCUUGCCCUGCAUUUACCGGUAAAUGUGAAAUAUCAACUCACUGAAAAAGUCCCAUUGAUGUGAUCGCUCAUUUGGUAGAGCAUGAGACUCAUAAUCUCAUGGUCAUGGGUUCGAGAGCCCUGUUGCUCAAAAGAUUCCUGCAUUGCAGGGGGUUGAACUAGGUGACCCUCGUGGUCCCAACUCUACAAUUCUAUGAAUUGUUGUCACUGCUGCUGCUGCUUUCCUUUUGUGAACCUUUUCAGUGUUUAUUAUUAUUAUUAUUAGUAGUAUUUUAUUUAUUGCUUGUGUUUGUAAACUGCCUUGGAAAACAUUUCCUUUUCAAUGAUAGGCUAUAAAAAAGAGAAAAGUCCGGGGUCGUUCCUUCUGUGUCCAACUUAUGCAAGGAUAUACGUAUGUAGCACAGACCUGGAACUGUUUGCCUAGCCUUUUGUUGAGAUAGGGGCAUGGGAUGUCUCCCCUGCACCCCCCAGGUGCCUCCUUUGCUCCUACUCCCGACUUGAUCAUGCUUGCAACUGAUUUCCUGCUCAGGGUGGGCAGUGUGAAGAGUGACAAGGAGCUUGCAUAAGUGCGAGAUGAAAGGGAAAUGAAGCAGCCUGGCUAAGAUGUGUCCAUCUCCUCUUCAAAGCAGCCAAACCACUUGCCAGCAUGUUUCUGUUAUCUGCAAGCUGCAGAUAGAAGCUCUCAACAGCCUCCAGGGAAGAUGUUGCUUGCCUUCAGCAGCCCAGUAGGGCUGUGGUUUGUAACCUCAGCAGUUGAGGCAGUUAGUGUGCGUGUGUGUUUUUCCCCUCCUUCUUAGCAAAGCCAUUUUGAUUACCAAAUCCACGACUAUUAGCGGCAGUGGUUUUGCACAGUUCCUUUCUCACCUGUCUCAGCUUGACCUAGCAGACUUUCACACCACAGGCUGUGUGGCUUUUAAAAAUCUCACCCCACGGCUUUAAAUGACUGCAUUGGAGCUAUUGCCUUAUUUGUUUGCUUUUAUAUCCCACCUUGGUUGUCUCUUCCUUUCUAUUUUAUCUGAGUUAGGUCAGGAGAUCUGGUUUGUUUGUUUUAAUUCACUGUGCCUGUAUCCCACCUGGUCUCCAAGGAGUUCAAGAUAGUGUACAUGGUUUGUAUGCUUUGUGUCACACAAAACGCCCAGCCAAAGAAAAAGCACAGUAACACUGCAUUCCUCUCUAGCACAUGUGACCUUUUCUAGUCCUCUGGAGAAUUCACAGUAUAAUGUUUUAUUAUAGUGCUUGGAAGGGUGUCAUCUGCAUGAUCAUGUUCAUCCUUACAUCUGUGUAAGAUGUAGAUCAGUGUUUUUGCAGGUGCAUAGGACGGCGCUGUGGGUUAAACCACAGAGCCUAGGACUUGCCGAUCAGAAGGUCGGCGGUUCGAAUCCCUGUGACGGGGUGAGCUCCUGUUGCUUGGUCCCUGCUCCUGCCAACCUAGCAGUUUGAAAGCACCUCAAAGUGCAAGUAGAUAAAUAGGUACCACUCUGGCGGGAAGGUAAACGGCGUUUUUGUGCGCUGCUCUGGUUCGCCAGAAGCAGCUUAGUCAUGCUGGCCACAUGACCCGGAAGCUGUACGCUGGCUCCCUCGGCCAAUAAAGCGAGAUGAGUGCCACAACCCCAGAGUCGGCCACAACUGGACCUAAUGGUCAGGGAUCCCUUUACCUUUACCUUAAGACAGCAGCCUGGUGGUGAAUCUGCAGCUGAGAUUUUGAACCAGAGCAAAACAGAAAAAUUGAUAGCUAUAUAUGAGAAAGAGGGUCUUGUUGUAUUAAGUCUUCUAGAUGUAGUUCUGGGCUGCAGUUCCCUUCAUCCCUGAGUUUUUACAAUGCCAAUGGAGUCCAGUGACAUCUGGAGGGCUACAGAUCUGGAGGGCUACAGAAUCUGUGGAUCUGCACAAGCAGCCAGUUGUACCCACUGCAACAUUACUUCACUUUGUGUUGGAGAAAUUGGAUGUUGGCUCAAGCCAGCUGGCUUUGCCCUGCUGCUCAAAGUGUAGUCUUAUGCUUGGGAAGGCUAGAACAAUUUGAGUCUCUAUUUAGAUAUCUACACCGAGAGCAAAAGAUUUGUGGCCUCCAAAUCUUGCUGGACUACAGCUCCCAUCAUCGUUGACCAUUGGGUAUGUUGUCAUUAGCUGAUGGGAGUUGUAGUCCAGCAACAUCUGAAGGGCCCCAAGUUCCCUGUCCCUGAUGUAAAGGCUAUUGCCACAUCUUGUGGCAGUGAAUUGCAUAAUAGAAAUUAUGGACUGAGUGAAGGAAGUUGCAUCUUUUGGAGAGGAAGAAAAUGGAGAGUUGGGUUAGAAUGUUGUGCCCCAUGGUAUGUUGGAUCUAUGCAACAACUGGUUACUUUCCACUGUGGCAUCCACUCCCAGCACACAGCAGAGAUGCCCAAGUGUUGAAAUAUACCAAUUCAGCUGGUAUCUGCUUGCAAAAGUGUGCAUGCCAGCAGUUUAAUGGCAGGCAUUCCGGGGAGGGAAGAGUUGAAUGGCUCCAUCUAGCUGGAAACUGUCCCAUGCUUUUGGGAGGAUGGGAGAGACCUCCUGCCAGGGACAGCCGAAGAGAAGCAAAUUGAAUGGCCUAGUAUCUAAGCUUCCUUACUGUUUGGCGAUCAGAGAGGUAUGUGCAUUCCCCAUGUUCAAAGCAAAGCCAGCUUAGGUGUCAUCAUGACACCUUUAGAGAUUAACAGAUUUAUUGUGGCAGAAGCUUUCCCAGACCGGAGCCCACUUCAUCCGAUGCCAUCUGCAAAAACCCGUUUCCCGGCUGCAGGCAUGAGUUUUAAUGCACGCUUACAGCUGCUCAUCGCACAGCUGGAGUGCCAGCACUGGGAAAAGCACACAUUUCUGACCCAGAUAGUUGCCAAGAUAAGCUUUAGCAAAGUGAAGGCGCUGGUAAAGAAGAAGGGCUUCGAGUGGCUAUGCAAAGAGCUCUUUGCUUUCCCCCACAGCUCUGAGUGCAAUUUGCCUGCCCUCCUCUGCCUUCCAUUGCACUUUGGCAUUAGGAGAGAGCACUUCACGCUGACAUAAUUACAUACAUUGAGUAGUAGUAUGCUUCUCGAAGAUGGCUUUUUGGCUACUGAUUUUUUUAGCAAGCAGUAAACCAAGGUCAGGUUUCUGGCUGAAACAGGGCUGCGUGCAUGUUGCACAUCUCGCAAGCAUUGGUUUGGAUAUUGGGCACCAAAUUGGGUGUCCUGAAUAACAAAACCUCGAUUUUUUCUCUCUCUCUUUUAAAUAAAAAACCCCCACAAGCUCUAGCCCAUAAGGCUGUGGCGGUGGACUUGAAAAUGUGUAAGCAGUAUCUGAUUAAGGUACUGGUUAAUAUAGCAGGAGAUGCCUUGGAAAAUGCCCACUUCUUGGUCACGGCCCUACAACAAUCUAUAGGGCGUUGUGCUUCUAACAGGGUUUCCCCAAUGACCUCAGUGAUUGAACUGUUCUGCAUAAGGGGCAGUGAUCUUUCAUGUCAUCUGGUUCUUAGUUGUUCAGGGCUUUGUCAAUAAUUGGAAUGUAAACGUGGCCCAGUAGUUUAUCAGCAGACAGCACCCUUCCCUUGGGACAGGUGUAAUGUGUGCACAUCCAGACGCACCACUCAACAUGCAGGCUGCAGGGUUCUGCAGCAGUGGCAGCUUUUGGAUCCGUCUCAAGGGAAGCCACUUGUGAGGUUAUCUAUCUUGAGGCAGCCUUCUCCAGCAAUAACAAUGAUCAGGCAUGAUGGGAGUUGUAGUCCAACAGCAUCUGGAAGGCACCAAGUUGGGGGAAGGUUGAUUUAUUGAAUUUAUAUACUGCCCUAUACCCGGAGGUCUCAGGACGGUUCACAGAACAAAAUCAAAAUAUAAAACCACAAAAUAUAUAAUCAAAAUAAAACAACCCAAUAACCCCCCAACCCCAUUUUAAAAGGGCAUAGGAUGUCAGUCUGAUCAACUAAAGGCUUGGUUAAAAAGGAACGUUUUUGCCUGGCGCCUAAAGGUUUAUGAUGAAGGUGCCAGGUGAACUUCCCUGGGGAGAGCAUUCCACAGAUGGGGAGCCACUGCAGAGAAGGCCCGUUCUCGUGUUGCCACCCUCUGGACCUCUCAAGGCACACAAAGAAGGGCCUCAGAUGCUGGUUAUCAGGGUCUGGGUAGGUUCAUAUGGAAAGAGGCAGUCCUUGAGGUAUUGUUGUCCAUUGCCCCAUCUUUCCCAGUAUUUUCUCCUCUGGCUAGCAGCUGUUCUACAGGGUACAGUGGUACCUCGGGUUAAGAACUUAAUUCGUUCUGGAGGUCUGUUCUUAACCUGAAACUGUUCUUGACCUAAAGCACCACUUUAGCUAAUGGGGCCUCCUGCUGCCGCUGUGGCGCUGCUGCACGAUAUCUGUUCUCAUCCUGAAGCAAAGUUCUUAACCCGAGGUACUAUUUUUGGGUUAGCAGAGUCUGUAACCUGAAGCGUAUGUAACCUGAAGCAUCUGUAACCCGAGGUACCACUGUAUUAGCCUUAGGUUUCCCCUAGUCCUGCUACCUAAGAUCUUUUUAACUGGAGCUGUCUCAGGUCUUCCUCAUGAGUUUGUGGACUGUCCUUCCUUGGAGGUUUUUAAGCAGAGGUUGGAUGGCCAUCUGUCAUGGAUGCUUUCGCUGAGAUUCCUGCAUUGCAGGGGGUUGGACUAGAUGACCCUCGGGUUUCUUCCAACACCAUAGUUCUGUGAUUUUAUGAUUCUGGGAAUUGAACUCAGGUUCUUCUGUAUGGAAAGCAUUUGCUGUGCUACUAAACUAUACUCCUUUCCCCGUUGGAUUUUCAGAGAGUAAGACACUGGUGUCCUAUAUCGUUUACCAUGCCCACUUCUGGCUCGCUGAAGUAGCAGAAAUUAUGCAAAAGCAGCGUAUGUAUGCCGCUGCAUUAUUUUUUUCAUAAAUCAUACAAACUCAACAAAGUGUGCAGCUCCUUUAUAUAUGUUCAGGUUUAUUGUGGCAGAAGCUUUUAUAAGACUAGAGCCUUCUCAUCAGACACAGGUGUAUACACAUAAUUCACAGAUAUUAUAACGAGUAUGGGUUGCUCGUGCGUAAGUUGCCGCCUCUCCAGGCUUUGUUGCCUUGGUAAACCUUUCAGUCUGGGCAGCCCUUCACUUCGUGGCUGCCUCAGUCGCUAGCAGAAUCCGUCAGUGGGCGUUUCUUAAAUCUUUUCCAACAUAAAAGUUGUUUGACACCCAGUCUCCUCCUACUCUCUCUGCGCGGAAGUCUUCUGCGCAGGGUGGGCGUGGGUAGGCGGGGACCAGUGCUCUCCCCGGUGGUGUCCGGUGACGUGUCGUGGAGCCCUCUCGCCGAUUCCCCCAUCAGCCCCUCCUUAUCCCUGGUGUAGCGCUGAUUUGCUUCCCCAUCUGCGGAACUGCCUCUCUCCCUGCUGGGCCCUUCUCCAGCAUCAUUUGAGAGCCUUCCCUCCGCCUCUAGCUCCAGUGUCAGUUCCCUGACAGAUAUGGAGAAAAUGAGGGCGCAGGUGGCGCUGAGGGUUACAUCACAGAGCCUAGGAUUUGCUGAUCAGAAGGUCGGCGGUUCGAAUCCUGCCAACCUAGCAGUUCGAAAGCAUGCAGUGCAAGUAGAUAAAUAGGUACCGCUCCGGCGGGAAGGUAAACGGUGUUUCCGUGUGUUGCUCUGGUUCUCCAGAAGCAGCUUAGUCAUGCUGGCCACAUGACCCGGAAGCUGUACGCCGGCUCCCUCGGCCAAUAAAGCGAGAUGAGCGCCGCAACCCCAGAGUCGUCCACUACCGGACCUAAUGGUCAGGGGUCCCUUUACCUUUAUGGAGAAAAUCGGGGGGGGGGGACCAGUGAUGCUCAAACACCAUGAAAUGCAAGGUGUACAGUCUGGGCUAAGGACUCUGGACAUCUCUGUGCAACACUCAAGUGCAUUUGAGAUAAGCAUAAUGAUUGUACAGAGAGGCAGCCCCUGGUAAUAACACAAACUUCCUAGCUUUGCUGUUCUCAUUUAAUACCUGCUUAUUUGCUGUGCAAAGUGUACAGCUGUUGAUAACUUGUUAACCCAUUCAGUGAUCCUGCCGAAACCCCAAUCGUCCUUUUUUUCUGGGUUAUUGCUUUUGAUGCCCGGUGAAUAGCUUUUUCUUUUCUCUGGCUUCUCAGUCAUAAAUAUUGCUAGAUCUAUUGCACCAGUGCCACUCUGCCCCUGGUUUUGUCCUGAAUUUUUGGAUUUAUUCUUAAUGCUGUACUUUAUACUUCUAAUUUUUUACUUGUAAAUUGCCCAGAGAAUUUUUUUGCUGUUGAGAAGUGUAGCAAUGUUAGAAAUAAAUAAAACCACCUAGCCCUUCUGUUAAGUACUUGGGGGUGGGGAUCUUGGUAUGCUAGAAAACAUUUCUGGGCUGGCCAUCCGACAUCCUUUAAUUCAAGGAUGGGAAACUUGGAAGCCACUGGCUUCAACCAGCAUAGCCAGUGAUCAGGGAUGACGGGAGUUGUAAUCCCCAUCCCCAUUUCAGUGGUCUGCAUGUACUGAGCAAGAGCUCAACCACUGAGAUUGGACCUCUUUGUUGCCUUUAGCCAGCGCCUUUUCUCUUGGGCAUUUUUGUCACUCAGUCCUCAUCACUCGGUCCCCGGUGAUUCUCUGCGCUCAUCUCUGUUUAGCAGGUUUGCUUUGAUCUAGCUCACACAUCAGUGUCCUUUGCUGUUUAGUCCUCAGGCCGACUCUGCUCAUCAUACUGUUGUGGGAAAGGCCAGUUGUGAGGUCUGUCUAAGAGUCCAUCCUUUUCUGGUCUCCCCUUGUGAGAAGUGAAAGUCAGAUUUCUGAAAGCGUUACGUUCUGUACUGAGCGUGCCGUUCCACGUCCCCCUUGGAGAUCUGAAAAUAGCUUGCAGGGGCUGUUUGAUCUGCUAAUAUUUCACGUGGCUGCAUUUUACAGCGCAGUUGCAUGUACUGAUGGCUGAGAGACACUGUUCCUGGCAACCCUGGGAUAACUGUUUUUAGAUUAUUAUUUUUCUGGUAAUUUUUAAAUUAUUGACGUUUUGGCCACCCCAGACUCCUUGAAGGGGCAGGGUGUCAAUUAAAUAAAUAAAUAAGAAAGUAAAUACUCUGAAGUCAAGUCCCUUUCAGCUCAAUAAGGCUCACUCCUAGGGUAGUGUGACUAGGAUCACGGCCAUAAAUAGGGCAUUCUGAAGGGCUGGCUUCUGCCACAUCAAACUGCCCAGUCAAACAGAGCUAUGCCUUUGUGUCACAGAAUUGUAGGCAAACAUUUUGUGAUGAGAGAGUCCUAAGGGCAUGUGAGAGUGAAGCUGGAAAUGCAGAAUAGCCAGGUAGCCUAAGGUGGUUAUUUAACUGUGUUAAAAUUCACAGCGUCUGACUUUAUAAAAUUUUAAAAUAAAUGCCUAGCCCUCAGUGACCAUUCUAAUUCCUUUUGUGCUCAUUCUAUGAUUCUGUGUCACUGACUAGAACACUGAUAGGAUUCCUACUGAGCAAUUAGAUGGAAUUUCACCUGCAGGCUUUUUUUAUCUUUACAUAAAAUGGCUGGAGACUGCUGCUGCUAAGACUUAUGUUUUUUCUUUGCUUUUGCUAUUGAAUGAAAGCUAACAAACCUAAGGAAAAUUUAGGUUAGGGGCAUGGAAUCUCCCUGAGGGGGUCAUGUCGCCUUAUAGCAGCAGCCCUGUUAUGUAAGAUCUUUUAGAAGCUCUAUUUUCAGGCAUAUAGUUCCUGUCUUAAGAACUAGCUGCUUGAAUUUGUCUGUAUGCAGCGCAGGUCCGCUUACACCUGGGCUAUUCUCUGAAUAAACCUCAAGAGCUCUUACGGCCAACGAGCUGUUCCCUGCAAUUAAAUUCUAAAUUGCUCUAUGCUGCUUCAAGCAUAUUUUUGCUGAUCUGUGUAACUUUUAGACAUUCAAUUCUCUCUCUUUCUCUCUCUCAUAAUUCAUUGCGGUGCUGCUAACCCAUUUUGUGUGUUUUGUUCUUUUCUAGUAUCCGCAGAUGAGCCAGGAGUCAGCUUCUCCGUUUGUUUUCAUCUGUUCUAAUGCCCAGGAGAUGAUUUUGAAGUUUCCCAUCAAAGGCAAACACAAAAUCUGUAAGCUCUACUUCUCUAUUCCACAUUGCAGGGCAUUGGGGGGGGGGGGUUGGCUGGUUAAUGCCCUUCUGGUGGUUCCCUUCUUUCAGGCUUUCCUGGCAGCAAAUUAUUGCAUAAGGAGUGGUCGUCAGUAACAUAUAUUUAGAUUUAGAUUUAGAUUUAGAUUUAGAUUUAGAUUUAGAUUUAGAUUUAGAUUUAGAUUUAGAUUUAGAUUUAGAUUUAUAUCCUGCCCACUCUGGACAGCUGGGUUUUAGCUGGCCUGGUUUUAGCUGUUAACAAUAUGAGUUCGAUAAACGAUAGUUUAUUGGACAGAACGAGUCACAUGUUUUCCCUGCCCCUCCCCUCUUCUCCUUGAGCAUCCCGCUUCAAAUGGAGGCAGUGUUUAAAUGAGCUUCCUUGUUCAGAUGGCACAGGAAACUUUGGCUUAACAACCCACAAUAGCCUGAGGGAAGGAGAGGGAUCUAUGGGGCAUGUUUGGGCAAUAUUGGACCAAGAUUGUUAUGUCUGAACCAGGCCAAUAGCUUCUCAUAGUGGGUUUAGUGAGCUGGUAGCUAAUCUGCAAAGAACAAUGGAGUGUUGUAUAUUUUGGCCUGAGGGCCUGGGCGGCGUGUUUGUUGUGACUCAGGGCUUGGCAGGUUUUCUAGCUCCUGGCUGUGUCAUGCUGAAAGGGCUUUGCAAUGGCUUUGGUUUCGUCUAAAGGAAUUUCCUCCAACCACUAGCUAUUACUACCCAAUUUAGCUUCUUUUGAUUCUGUACCUACAACAUCGUCUACAAUUAAGGGCUGCCGCAUAUUUUUUAUUCUAGUUUCCGACCCAGAGAGUUGUGAUUAGGCGUAAAGAGAGAUUAUUUUAAGAUUAUAACAUGUCGCAGGCUAGUCCCCUACCAGCACUGAGUGUGAGGAAGGGUAAUGUGAAUUACAAAAGCUGGCAUAAUUCUUUAUCAUUUUUAGUUGGUCCUAAUAAAUAGUGUCCUGGUUAGAUUCCCCCCCCAACCCCAUGGACCAACACAGCCCCUUCCCUGCCAAUGUUAGUGAAAUCCUUGAAAGCGUAGCUUAAAAUCAUUGCCAUUCCCCACUGAUGGUUAAACUGCUAUUGUAUCCCUGUAGUGUUUUGCCUCUUUCUCAUUGUACAUCCUUGGAUAUACAGAGUGUGAGCAAAUUAUUCACACUCCUGUGUUUACAGUAGAAACAGAGCUGAAUAUGUCUUUAUGUGGGUUGGUUUCCUGGCUUAUGCCACAGCAUUGUUUCCCGCAAAGGGAGUGGGCCUCUUGCUGUUGGAACAGAUUUGGCAGCUGUGGCUGCACAACCCUUAAGAGGGAUGCACCUGGCAAGGAGGCUUACCUCAACGUAUUUAUUGGGGAGGGCUAGAUGAGCUGGAAUGGUGCUUUUGGGAACUUACUGUGAAAUCAGCUUCCUGCAGGCACCAGGAUUAAAUGUUCAGAGCUUUUCGGUUUGGCUCUGAUCAUUUCUGGGUCUUGCCUGCCCUCCAUCCCUGUGGAUCCAUCUGCAUUCUAGAAAGGAGUUUGCUGUUGGAAGUCCUGCAUGAAUGGCAUUAACCAAGAAGGCCAGUUUUGAAGGGUCCUUGGCAAAGUGCCCUCUCCUAAUUUGGCUGGCUCCCAUGGUAGGCGCUAGCAGUGCUCUAGAUGGGUGUUUAAGCAGCUGGAAGCUGCUUUUUUAAUUUCCCACAAUGCCCCAGCAUAGCAUCACUCCGGGGCAUUGUGGGAAAUUAUAAUAACAGCUUCCAGGCGCCCAGUGCUUUUCUUUUGGGGGGGGGCGUGUACAGGACAGAUGCCAGUGGUUGGUCUUGCUUGGGGCCCUAGCAGCUGCCCAAGGAUCUGUGUGCUGGCACCAGGCCUGUCCAUCAAACCGGCUCCUUUUCUGCUGCUUGCAGUAGACAGCCAAGCAUGAGGUUGGGAUCCCCCACCCCCACUUCUGUGAAGCAGAAUGUGCACUUUUGCUGCCAGUACAAACCCUUCUCAAGUAUGUCACAGUCUGUCCUUUCCAAAGCGACAGUUUCCUGCUCGAGGAGGGAUCAGCCUAACAGACUGGAAGGAGAUUGCCCGUGCCAGAGGCUGCCUGAGUCCCCUGCUCCCUCAUCACUUUCCCUAGGCUUUCUCCCUCUUGGGAGGUUAGGCAACAGGAAAGCGUGUUGUUUGCAGGGAGAGGGUGGUGGUGGUUGGUCAUUCUAGGCCAUUCAAGAAUAGUUGGUGAUAAGGCUAUGGGACAGAGAAUCCUGUAGCUGUUAUCACAGCAAUGCCCUAUUGUUUGUUUUACUGUGGCAGAGCUGCAAUAGGAAAGAGUUCAAUUCUACUUGGAUAUUAGCUCAAAAGUCGUUAUUCUCAUGGCAUCCAUUUGCCUAGCUGAAUCAUUCAGGCAACGUUAAUGUUUCCUUGUUGCAGCAUCCCUUGCCAGCCCAGUUCAGACAAUGACUAACAUUCAAAUCUUCUCACAUUUGGAUAUGAUCCAUCAGUUCAAGUCCGAAUGAAAUUAGCAAGGAUUGAACAAGAGCUUGUGAACAGGCUCUCAUGCAGCUCCUGUUUAUCUGAAAUGGAUUUGCAAAAGCUGCACACCCCACCCCACCCUGUCACUCACACCCGCACAUUGUGUUUGCUCCUUUUAAGCAGAUGGGUUUGCAAACAUGUUCUGCUGUGCUGCUCGGUUGCUUGUGAAAGGUACGUUUGCCCCAAGUGGGACUGCAGGUGAACGCAUCACAUGGGAUGGCAUUUGAGGAAAGCAGCAGUGGGGAAAUGCAUUUGCAAAUACGAUUUCAUGUAUCUAAGUAAAGAGCGUCCAUCAAGAAUUGGUAUUGAUGUGACUGGUUUGGUACUUCAUGCCUAGGAUCUGAGGUUCUCUGCCAUAAAGCAGAGUUGUUGCUGAACCUCAAGCCAGGACCAUAGGAAACAACCUUUAUUUUUUGCCUCAGUAUGAGUGUGCCUUGGAGGAAACCUUCAUUUCUGUCAACAACAUGGGCAUGAAAUGGUUGGUUGAGCAUGAAGUGGCCAUUCUGUGCCAUCCAUAAAGAUCUUUUUGUUGCCUGUAUUAUAAAAGAUGCAGGCACAAUAGCAGACUUUUAAAGGGACUGGGGAUGCUGCAAGUUCAAAAUUCUGAAUGCUACAGAUAUUUGAACAGUGCAUACUAGUGGGCUAGUGGGUGUCCCAAGGUGCAGUAUUAGGAUAUUUCUUUGAUUUUUGCUUUGACAUGCAGAUGCGCAGUACAAUCCAUCGAUUUCCUGCGCCUGAGACACAGGACUUUCAUUCUCGGAUAUCUGUUGACCUUAACAGCUACCCAUUUAAAUUGGGGUUUACCAGGCUUUUCCACAUCCCAGCUAUCAAUCUUGGGACCAACUUACAUGUUCAGAUUGGCUGUUUUGUGGAGGAAAAUACUACUAUAUUUCUGCAUACGUAUGUCAAAGGAAAGGCCUUCCCUACUCAAACCUUUGUGUCCUUCCUCCACCCCAGGAUACUUGGCUGGUUUUCUUUUUAGCUUUGAAUUCUUGUACUUAAGCUGCUUUGAGUGUUAUUUUUUAAUGCAAAAAAUAAAAUAAAAAUGAAUCUCAUGUUAAAAAUCUAAUCGCACACCUUGGAAUUUUAACAACCUCAAAAUCAAGGGUCUGGCAUGUGUUCCUUUACCAUUUUGGAUGUUAACUUUUUAACCGAGAAAGGCUGGUGAGGUUUGGUGGUGAGUGCAAGGAAACGUUUGGUCAGGGGUAGCGAACCUCCAGCCGGCAACUCCUUUUGCCUGAUUGGAAUCGCUUUGGCAUCAUUAUGCAUGGACUCGCUCUCCUUUUCCCACGCUCAGCUGUGCGGUGUCCCGAACAGUAUGAGCUAUCAGUUUGUCUAGCUCAGCUUGUACAGUAGCAUGUGCAUGUCUGAGGGGUGCAGAGGCAGCUAAUGAGUAACUGCUGGUUAUGGAUGAGUAUGUCUCAAGUCAGCCGGUGCCCUGACCAAGCCGAGAGAUCAAUGCAGGCAGACUCCUCUUGACAAAUGUUCCUGUCUAGAGCAAUGGACGGCGAGCCAAGGGCAGCUGCUGCUUCAAACUGAUUAAGGAGUACAAAAUAGCAUCAAACAAGAGGUGGCAGAGCGCAUGCUUGAGCUGUAAAGACAAAGGAUAGGGCUUGGGUGUAAAGGGCAGGGGCUUACUGACAUGUCGCUGGGUCUCCCUCUCUCCUCCAUCUUGUCCCCUCACUGUUAGAGUCAGUGACUCUGAGGUUGAUCCAAGCCUGGCCAGGGAGCUCAUAUGAAUUUGGAACUGAUUCCAUCUUGGCAACAGAAGCUGAAUUGAUCUGCUGUGCAGAGCUGCAUACGAUGGCAGUGCCAUCUUGCUAGCAGUGGGGAGAGAGGAAUUGCUAAUCCUGUUUUAGCCAGUAAUACUGUGGCUAUUGAUUCUGACAGCUCCGUCUGAGAGGAUCUGAAGGGCUCAGGUGCUUCUUGGCUCGGGAGCCCUAAUAGCUUGCGUUCACUAUUCCCAGCAGUUCAAGGGCAUGCCCCUGAGAUGGUCUUGCUAGAUUCCUAUGCUCCUCUUGAUCUCUCAGCCACCCACCACCUCCGCACUUCUAGUGCAAAGUGGGGAACUUCAGGCCCUAGGGGCCCAUUUAAACCCUGCAGGGCUCUCUUUCUGGCCUUUGGAACUCAGGCCACAUCUCUCACUGGUCUUGCUUCAUGCCGUCAUAGAAUCAUAGAAUUGUAGAGUUGAAAAGGACCCUGAGGCUCAUCUGGUCCAACCACCUGCUAUGCUUGAAUAUGAAGCUGUCCCAUACAGGGAUUGAACCUUUCAACUUUGGUAUUAUCAGCACAAUGCUCUAACCAACUGAGCUAUCCAGGCAGACCCAGUUGGAAUGUGUCCUUGAACCCUGAUUGGAUGGAGAGAGGGAUGAGAAUGUGUGUAGAUGCUAUAGCCUACUGUGCAAAGGUAAAAUUUGCAGGUGUUGUUUCCCCCACUUUUGCCUCUGGCCCCAACCAGCCAUGGGCAGGGCCCCCGAGAAGGUUGCACAGAAGGGAAUGCAGCCCUCAAGAUGAAAAGGUCCCAACUCCUGGUCAAGUGAUGGGACAGGGUACAGUCCUGACCGGAAAAGAUGUUGCUGUGCCUCUCCUUCCCUCUGCCUUGCAGGUGUGGAUCCUCAUAGAAAAGAGCAGCCACUACCGCAUUUUGGAGUUGUAGGUUUCCAUUGCUUUCUGCUUCCCAUAGCUGGAAUAGAGGUUUCAUUGCUCUCUAUUAUAAGGUGGUUUCUUGACUGAAGUGCUCAUGGUCUCUGAGAUGGGACUAUGUAUCCAGGAACAUGGAUAAGUCUUACUAGGGUUUUCCCCCCCCUUAAGGUGAUAACAUUGCCUACACUUGAUUCCCCACCCCUAAACCUGCCUCGAGGGCCUCUCACUAAGGAUCGAGCUCAAAAGCCUGCUCUGCUGCAACAGGCUCCUGUUGUAUCCUAAGUGUUAUCUGUGGUGCAGAAUUUUAUCAGCAGCAGCAGCCUUUUCACCCUGUUCUUCAGCCGACAAAAGCAAAUUUCACUGGCAGGGUCUGUCUACCUGUCCAGUUUGUCUUCCUCCCUUCAUCCACGGAUGUUACAGCCUUAUGUGGCAGAUUAGAUGGUGGCUUUUCAAGAGCUUCCCAGUGACUUGGUCGCUGCACAAUAACUCGAACCAGGGAGGUGACUUCAAAGCUUCCAUUAAUGUAAAUAGGUUCUCAUGAUUGGAGUUGCCAAGGGAAAGAAGAUGAGACGGAAUUGCAGGAUCACAGCACCUGGCGUGCUGGGCUUUCAGGCUGUUACCUGUGCCCUUAACUAACAGGUGUCGAAGCCUUUUGUCCUGAGAAUGGCCAUGCCUGUUUCCAGGAUGCUCUACUGCCCUCUCUCUGCUCACGGCCCUGGAUAAACUUGCCUGUCUUGCCCACGCCAGUCUUUCAAAAUGUCUGGCAAUUGUCCCUUAGCUUUCCUAGAGUGUACCAGCUGGCUUGUAUCCACCCCUCAAACAGAGAUUGCUUUCCUCUUUGCAGCUGCGACAGCAGAGGAGGUGGUGGCAGCAGCGCUAGCCGCACUCCCCUCUCCAAUCCCCUGGAUUUCUUUUUCUCUCCCCACCGCUCGACACAAUGCUUCACAGCUCCUUGCAUCACAGGGCAGCAGUGGUGGGGUUUGGAAAUGCCUGGUUCCUGAAGCAGGAAAAUUGGAUGUGACAGCAGCACACUAACAGGGGGAGACCUUGUUGCCUUCAGCUGAUUUACAUUGCAAAUAACCUUUAAAAACAAGUACUCAUGAGACUCCUCCCCCCUCCUCCCCGCUUCUUUCCUUUUUUACAGGGAAGCUGGAUUCAAAAAUUCAUCAGGGAGCCAAGAAGGGAUUAAUGAGGCAGAAAGCAGUGGUGUGAGCCGGAGGGCACAAACACCACCCACCCACCCCACUCCCAGGCAAGAGAAGAAUGGAUCUGAACCUGACCACUGAGGCUGCUGGAGCGGAGGCCCCAGAUACGUGAAGAGGGCAUUCUGAAAAUGCAGGCACUGACAAAGACGGAUCCACCAGCAAAGGAGGGAUUGCUGUUAGCUUGCAUAAAUAUUAACAAUCAAAGAGAGAAAUUGGGUGCCGAGUUGUCUGUGGCCAAAGAGCACUGUGGGGAGCCCUGGAGGAGGGGGCCGGGAUUAUGGGCUAGCAGUAUCUCUUCCGCCUUUGGCUGGCUUCAGGCCAAGCCAGAGGUGCUUUCGGAAUUGGCCCUGUGCCAGAGCUUCAAAUCCUCACCCUAUGCAUUAAAGCUAAGCAUCGUUUGGCUUUGUUUUCUUCUUGGCCUUGUUUCUUGCGGGGCACGGAACAGACGAGAUCACUUUGCAGCGGGAGGGCUGGACCGUUAGAGCAUCCUCCGGCUAACUGGCUUGGAGGAAGAUGCGCUGUAGGUGCCUGAAGCACUGGCUUGGCAUCAAGGCCUGCUGCAGUUAUCUCCCACAUGGGGCCAAAGGACCUGAGCUACGUUUCACCCUCUUAUUAAUUUCAAGCCUAAGGACAGGGCAAGGUGUCAGGGAUGGAAUGUGGUUGACUGCCAGCUCCUUGCUCUCUUGAGUUCUUGAACUAAACUGUCAUCUUAAAUCACCACUUCUGGUUUUUUAUGUGACUGAACACACAUAGACCACUAGCACUAGACAAGUAGACAGAGCUGAGUAACUGGUCCCUUCUCAUCUGGGUGCAUAAGUUUUAAUCCUACAUAUUGCUGCCUGAAUAAAAUGGAUGCCCCUCCACCCCGU